AAUAGAAGGAAGACAGUCCCUAGCGUCUCCCACACUCAAUAAGUUUCACUGGACUGAAGGGUAUGGGUGCCGCGGCGGCCUCGUGACCUCGUGACCCAUAUGGUCAACUACAUGGUCUGGGAAUCAAAGCCGCGUUGUGAUUAUUUCAUUUCGCAACUCUACCUUUCCCCACCAUGUUUACCAAAGGGAGGGUUUUCAGCACCCUCUGUUUUGCGCUUACGGCUGGCGCGACAACCCAGGCGUAUUUCGGUUUAGGCACUCCUACUGGUCAUGGAACUUCAAAACAGCCAGUGAAAUCAUUUGCACAGUCUUAUACAGCGCCUUACGAUGAAGGGUUGUUCAAUCCUGUCGAGCAACUCAGCGUACUCUCAGAGGCCCAAUUCACAACUCUUGGUCAUCCUGUGUUCCCGAACUACAGCGUUCGGAUCAAGAAGUCUUCUGAUUUCUGUGAUGGAACUGUUAACGCUUACACAGGUUAUAUCGAUAUCGAGGCCAGGCAUCUAUUCUUUUACUUCUUCGAGAGUAGGAAUGAUCCUGCUAAAGACGAUGUAAUCUUCUGGACCAAUGGCGGUCCUGGGUGUUCCUCCAGCCUGGGUCUCUAUAUGGAACUGGGACCUUGUCGGGUGGUGAAUGACAAUGGGACCGUAUUCCAUCCGGAGUCCUGGAAUUCCAAUGCGAAUGUCUUCUUCGUGGACCAGCCAAUCGGUGUUGGUUUCUCGUAUGCUGAAUAUGGCGAGACUGUGAGCACAACUGAGGAAGCUGCGAAAGAUAUUGCUGCGUUUGUCGCCAUUUUCUUUGAAAACUUUACCCAGUUCAAAGGACGCGCGUUUCACAUGGCCGGAGAGUCUUAUGGAGGGCGUUACAUUCCAGUCUUUGCUGCUGAAGUCUACGACCAAAAUGCCGUGCUAACCGCGGCUGGCGCCACCCCCAUCAACCUCCAGUCUAUCAUGAUCGGUAACGGUUUGACCGACUUUUACACAAUGUCGGCGGCCUAUGUAGAAAUGCAAUGCACCGGUGCAUCAGUUUUCCCUGUGCAAAGUAUCUCUUCCUGCAAUCGUAUGAAGCAAGCGCUUCCUCGCUGCCAAAAGUGGUUGACAGAAUCAUGCAUUAACCAGUUUGAUGCAAUGAACUGCGGUGCAGCUGCAAGCUUUUGCGAUACUGAGAUAUCCGGUGCUUUCUUCUCGACCGGCAAGAAUCCCUACGAUAUCAGCAAAGACUGCGAUGGACCUAUCGAGGAGACUUUGUGCUAUCCGGUCACGAAGUAUAUAUCAAGCUUCCUUGAUCGCCCCUCCGUGCGCGAAAAGCUCGGCGUGGAUCCCUCCGUCACAGGUAACUUCAGCUCCUGCAGUGAUGCUGUUGGACAGGCUUUUGCCUUAGCUGAGGAUGAGUAUCACGCAACAUACCCUCAUGUCGCUGCACUUCUCGAACGCGGCGUACGCGCAUUGAUAUAUGUAGGCACUUAUGACUGGAUUUGCAACUGGCUCGGUAACCAGGCGUGGACACUUAACAUGGAGUGGAGCGGCAAAGAAGCGUUUGGACAGCAACCACUCGAGGCUUGGCUGGUUGAGGGAGAGAUCGCUGGGAAGACCAGGAGUGCGAAUGGACUCACGUUUGCUACUAUAGAUGGUGCAGGCCAUAUGGUCCCGUACGACAAACCCAAAGAGGCACUCGCCAUGGUACAACGUUGGUUGGCUGGGAGCGGCUUGUAGGUAUUAACCCAGAUACCAUGUAUAAAUUCCCCACACAAAGUGUAGAGAAGAUGAAAGAUGGAAUUAUACUGAACCUCUACUGCACGAUGCUACAAAAAUGACCGAGCAUUCGACAAACACAUGUACGGU